CCAGGGACACCCCAUGAGCUAAGGGCGGAGAUCCGGGCGGGGGGCACACGGGGGGGCGCGGGGGGACAGCGUUGUCCGGCCCGCACCAACGGCUGCCCCCAUGUUGGACCACAGGAGCAGGAUGGAGAGCUGGCGGCAGGAGAAGGUGAGCUCCAACACCAUGGCCUUAUAGCCCCAUACACCGUAACCCCAUACCCUCACACCAUGGCCUCAUAGCCCUGUGGCCCCAUACCCCGUGGCCCUAUGGCCUGGCCCGCUUGUGGCCGUGCAAUGGGGCUGAGGUGCUGGGAGGUUGGGCUGUGGGUGCUGAGCGCCGGGCGUUGCGUGGGGCACGUGGGCUUUGGCCCCAGGAAGAGCCCAGCGGGACUCUGCACCCUGCUCUGGUGUUGGGUGGGAAAAGGCAGACCCGAAUGCAUAGCUAAGCCCCCAUUAGGGAGCAGAGAGCUGUGGGGUCAGCACCGUGGGGAGAGGGGAGCAGGAGGGCAGGGGGCUGCACAUGGGGUGCCAUCAGCUGUGCUUCUCCUUGUGGUGAUCCUAACCCCGAGACCACAGUGCUGUGUCCCCAUGGGGGGGCUGGGGGCUGUGACCCUGAAGUUAGACUCAUAGGGCAUCAGGUGUCUGUGCUGGGAUGGGCAUGGAGGGAUGGGGGAGGAUUCAGUGAGGAGCAGUGCCCAGCAGUGUGGGGUGGCUCUGUGUCACCACAAAGGUGCCAUUGGGGUCACCCUUUAGGCCCCGUUGAGGUCACCUCAAAGGCGCUGUUGGGGUCACCCUGAAGACUCCCUUGGGAUCGCAUUGAAGGCUCCAUUGGGGUCACCUCAAGGGUUCCGUUGGGGUCACCCUGAAGGCUCCGUUGAGAUCACCCCAAAGGUGCUAUGGGGGUCACCCUGAAGGCUCUGUUGGGGCCAUCUCAAGGGCUCCAUUGGAGUCACCCUGAAGUUUCUGUUGGGGUCACCCUGAAGACUCCCUUGGGAUUGAAUUGAAGGCUCUGUUGGGGUCACCCCAAGGAUUCCGUUGGGAUCGCACUGAAGGUUCCAUUGGAGUCACCCCAAAGGCUCCAUUGGUUCGCCCCUUUGCAAAGCAGCAGCCACAGGAAAACAGCCCCGGCGCUCGCAGCCUGGGCCCGCUGACUAAUGAGGCCUAAAUGCAGUGAGCACAGCUGGCUGCAGGGCUGCGGCACGGCAGGGAGGAAAACAGCAGGGAUGGCAGCGAGGGGGAAGGGGGGUUGGGGUCCUCGGCGCUCGCUGCCGGGGGUCCCACGGCCCCAGGAAACCCCGCAGGUGGAGCAGAUCCUGUCGGAGUUCCGUCUCAAGGAGGAGGACCUGCGGAAGGUGAUGCACCGCAUGCAGAAGGAGAUGGACCGCGGGCUGAAGCUGGAGACGCACGAGGAGGCGUCGGUCAAAAUGCUGCCCACCUACGUGCGCUCCACGCCGGAGGGGUCGGAGGUCGGGGAUUUCCUCUCGCUGGACCUGGGCGGCACCAACUUCCGUGUGAUGCUGGUGAAGGUGGGCGAGGGUGAGGAGGGGCAGUGGAAGGUGAAGACGAAGCACCAGAUGUACUCCAUCCCUGAGGAUGCCAUGACGGGGACGGCUGAGAUGCUCUUCGACUACAUCUCGGAGUGCAUCUCUGACUUCCUGGACAAGCACCAGAUGAAGCACAAAAAACUGCCCCUGGGCUUCACCUUCUCCUUCCCCGUGCGGCACGAGGACAUCGACAAGGGCAUCCUGCUGAACUGGACCAAGGGCUUCAAGGCCUCGGGAGCAGAGGGGAACAACGUGGUGGGGCUGCUGCGGGACGCCAUCAAACGGCGCGGGGACUUUGAGAUGGAUGUGGUGGCCAUGGUGAACGACACCGUUGCCACCAUGAUCUCCUGCUACUACGAGGACCACCGCUGCGAGGUCGGCAUGAUCGUGGGGACGGGCUGCAACGCCUGCUACAUGGAGGAGAUGCACAACGUGGAGCUGGUGGAGGGCGACGAGGGCCGCAUGUGUGUGAACACGGAGUGGGGAGCAUUUGGGGCGUCGGGGGAGCUGGACGAGUUCCUGCUGGAGUACGACCGCGUGGUGGACGAGACCUCGCUUAACCCCGGUCAGCAGCUCUACGAGAAAAUCAUUGGGGGCAAAUACAUGGGGGAGAUCGUGCGGCUGGUGCUGCUGCGGCUGGUGGAUGAGAACCUGCUGUUCAGCGGGCAGGCCUGCGAGAAGCUCAAGACGCGUGGGGCCUUCGAGACGCGCUUCGUGUCGCAGGUGGAGAGCGACUCAGGCGACCGCAAGCAGAUCUACAACAUCCUCACAGCCUUUGGGCUGCUGCCCUCGGGGUCGGACUGCGACAUCGUGCGCAUGGUGUGCGAGAGCGUGUCCACGCGGGCUGCCCAGAUGUGCUCAGCAGGGCUGGCCGGCGUCAUCAACCGCAUGCGGGAGAGCCGCAGCCAGGAGACCCUCAAGAUCACCGUGGGGGUGGACGGCUCUGUCUACAAGCUGCACCCCAGCUUCAAGGACCGUUUCCACGCCACCGUACGACAGCUGACUCCCGGCUGCGACAUCACCUUCAUCCAGUCGGAGGAGGGCAGCGGGCGCGGGGCUGCGCUCAUCUCGGCCGUGGCCUGCAAGAUGGCGUGCAUGAUGGGGCAGUGAGCCGGACUGGGCGGCAGGGACGCGCUGAGGAGCCGGGACUGAUGUGGGAAGGGCUCGGAUGGCGCCGGGACGGUGCCGGGGCUCCCCAAUAAACGGGGUCAGCGUGGACUUCUCUGGGAACGCUGUCCCAGCGUUGCUCUGUAUGGCCGCCCUCCGGUGUCCCCUCCCCGAGACCCCCGGGCCAUUGUGGGGACAAGGAUGGAGCGCUGGGGGAGCCGUGGCCCCACCCGUGGGGCAGCACCCUGUGACCCCAAACCUGACGGCCCCCCAGCCCAGGGGUCCCAAGCAGUGGAAGCCAGCAUCCCCAACCUGCUUGGUUCUGGUGGUGACAGCCCCGUGGUGACAUGUGCCACUUCUUGCCGCCGUGUGGAGCUUGGAGCAAUCAUUCUUGGGGCUAAAAACUGGGGGCCCCCAGUCUGGUGAUCCCACAGGAGUUAUGAAGGCACUUUGGGUGUCCCACAGGAGACGGGCUCCCUGUGGUGCAGGAUCUCUGUGGGGUAACACAUGCGGAUGGAGCCCCAUGAGGCUGGGGAAUCUCUGGGGAUUUGGGGCUGCCACUGGCACCCCAGUAUAUGGGGACCUCCCAGGGGCACGGGUCAUCUGGGAGCACCCUGGGGUCUGGGGAGGAGCAGACAGCCCCUGCCAUGGGAGCCCAUGCUCUGAUCGAUGCUGUCAGCUGCAGCAUCUCCUGUGCUCUCAUGAGCUGUGGCCAAAAAAAGUGUCUCCUGUGCUCUGAUUGGCUGGGAGCAACAGGACAGGAUCCGCUGGGCUCAGCCUGGCCCCCAUCACUGUGUCCCCUCCAUCACCACACCACCCCCACAUCCCCAUGUCCCCACAGGGACCCCAUCCCCAAACUCGCUGUGCACCUGCCCCCCACAGCCCAUCACUGAGGUCCCCACAUGUCAGCCCCUCGUCCCCAGAGCCCCCACAGCCAAAUAAAAUCCAAAUCAAAGGGGUGAUGGCAGAGGUGAGCGGCUUUAUUGCAUGGGAACAGGGAGUGGGAGGAAGGCUGGGACGGGGCUGUGGGUCUGCGUUUUGGGGUCUGCAUGCAGGAUGUGGGGUCUGCUCACAGGAUGCGUGGCUCUGGCACAGGAUGUGGGGCACAGGAUGUGGGCUCUGGCCGCGUUCAGCCCUUGCACAUCCCCAGGGUGGUGCACACAGAGCGGGGAUCGUCGUCGUCUUGCAGCGCAU